AUAAGCACUAAAAUACAUAAUAAUUUUUUUAUUACAAAUAACGCAUGUUUAUCCUAAUUGCACGUUCAUCACCUAAUCAUCAAAACAUUUAACACCACUUCUUCUUCUUUUCUAACUAUUACAUCUCCUUGAUCAGAUUCUCAUAAUGGCAUCUGUUUUGGAGAAAACGAAGAGUAAGAAGAUUGUGUUUCCCACAAAGAAAGAAUUAUCGGAGGCUAUGGCCACGUACACGGCCAAUCUCUCAGCCAAGUUUUGCAAGGAGAGAGGCUAUUUCACCGUCGUUCUUUCCGGUGGCGACCUCAUCUCCUGGCUCAGUGAAUUGUUGGAACCAAAGUAUCAAGAAAGUAUCGAAUGGUCAAAGUGGCACAUUUUUUGGGUCGAUGAGAGGGUUGUUCCAUUAGACCAUGAGGACAGCAACUACAAACUCGCCUUUGAUGGUUUUCUCUCCAAGGUUCCAAUACCAAUUGCAAACAUAUAUCCAAUCGACAAAGACUGUGCAGCCCUUGGUGAUGCCAAAAGUGCAGCAUUACUCUACGAAGAAUGUCUCAAAAGACUGGUGAACCGAAACAUCAUUCGCACAUACAAAUCGUCUGGCUUCCCACAGUUCGACCUCCAGCUCUUAGGAAUGGGUCCAGACGGUCACAUGGCGUCUUUGUUCCCGGGACAUUAUCAAAUCAAGGAGAAGGCAAAUUUGGUAACCUAUAUCACUGAUUCCCCAAAACCGCCUCCGAAGAGAAUCACCUUUACUUUACCGGUUAUUAACUGCGCUUCAUACAACCUCAUGGCUGUAUGUGAUGAGGCUCAAGCCGAUGCGGUAGCUAAGGUUUUCAACCAUAACUUCGACUUGCCUGCUGCUUGGCUCACAGCUGACGUAGAAGCUAUCUGGUUUCUUGACCAAGCCGCUGCAUCUAAGAUCCCAAAAGGACUUUGAUGGUUUAGUUGGCUUCUCUUCUAUUUGUAACUUAUGUUUCUGGUUUCUCUUUGAUGGUUUUCAAAUAAAAGCUAUGUGUUCGAAUGUAAGAUCGAGUGGGUUCGGUUUAUUCUUGCAAACGAGCUACUACAUUUAGGCUUUUAGCCAUUGUACUUAUUUGUGUGUGAUCUCUUGUAUUUUUAAAAUCACAUAAUUGAUUUACAAAGUUACAAAACUCAGUUAAAAGUGUACGACGUAUAGAGUCUUUUAGAAAAGUUCGACAAUUACUCC